CCCUUGCGAGUGAUCCGCGGGGCUUCCGGACCCACUGCACACUCAACAGAUGUUUCUUGGUGCAGUCGGAUCUGUGCUGACCUCGCUCCUCCGCAUUCCCCGGCCUGCUGCAGUCGCCGCCAUGAGCACUGGUACCUUCGUCGUGUCGCAGCCUCUCAACUACCGCGGCGGGGCCCGUGUGGAGCCGGUGGAUGCCUCCGGCACGGAGAAAGCGUUCGAGCCAGCCACCGGCCGAGUGAUAGCCACUUUCGCAUGUUCGGGAGAAAAGGAAGUGAACCUGGCUGUUGAAAAUGCAAAGGCCGCCUUUCAAAUCUGGCGUAAGAAAAGUGGCAUGGAGCGCGGUCAGGUCCUCUUGGAGGCCGCCCGGAUCAUCAGGGAGCGGAAGGAUGAAAUCGCCACCGUGGAGACCAUCAACAAUGGCAAGUCCAUAUUCGAGGCCCGCCUGGAUGUUGACACUUGCUGGCAGUGCCUGGAAUACUAUGCCGGCCUGGCUGCGUCCAUGGCAGGAGAGCACAUCCAGCUCCCAGGAGGGUCCUUUGGCUACACCCGAAGAGAACCACUUGGGGUGUGUGUGGGGAUAGGAGCUUGGAACUACCCUUUCCAGAUCGCCUGUUGGAAGUCUGCUCCGGCUUUGGCCUGUGGUAAUGCCAUGAUCUUCAAGCCUUCUCCCUUCACGCCUGUGUCUGCUCUGCUCCUGGCUGAGAUCUAUACCAAAGCUGGUGUACCUCCCGGGCUCUUCAACGUGGUGCAAGGUGGGGCUGCCACAGGCCAGUUCCUGUGUCAGCAUCGUGAUGUGGCCAAAAUCUCCUUCACUGGAAGUGUGCCCACUGGCAUGAAGAUCAUGGAGAUGUCCGCUAAAGGAGUCAAACCCAUUACUUUGGAACUUGGGGGCAAAUCUCCUCUCAUCAUCUUCUCAGACUGUAACCUGGAGAAUGCUGUGAAGGGAGCCCUGAUGGCCAACUUCCUCACACAAGGCCAGGUCUGCUGCAAUGGCACUAGAGUCUUUGUGCAAAAGGAAAUUGCUGAUAAAUUUACAAAAGAGGUUGUGAAGCAGACUCAGAAGAUAAAACUUGGAGACCCACUUCUGGAAGACACAAGGAUGGGCCCACUCAUCAAUGCCCCGCAUCUGGACCGAGUCCUCGGGUUUGUCAAGUCGGCAAAGGAGCAGGGGGCUACUGUGCUGUGUGGUGGCGAGCCGCAUGUCCCGGAGGACCCCAAAUUAAAACAGGGAUAUUACAUGACACCUUGCAUUUUAACUAAUUGCACAGAUGACAUGACUUGUGUAAAAGAAGAGAUCUUUGGACCGGUUAUGUCCAUCUUAACAUUUGAAACUGAAGCCGAGGUUCUGGAGCGGGCCAAUGACACCACGUUUGGACUUGCAGCUGGGGUCUUCACCAGGGACAUCCAGAGGGCGCACAGGGUGGCAGCGGAGCUGCAGGCCGGAACGUGCUACAUUAACAACUAUAAUGUCAGCCCAGUGGAGUUGCCCUUUGGUGGCUACAAGAAGUCAGGGUUUGGCAGAGAGAACGGCCGUGUGACAAUUGAGUACUAUUCACAGCUGAAGACGGUGUGUGUGGAGAUGGGCGAUGUGGAGUCGGCCUUUUGAAAACCAGCGACACCUGUUCCCUAGCCGAGCUGUGGAAUGAGUUGACUGCCUUGACCAGGCAGUGUGACUGAAUAGCUCCUUACGUCCGCCUUACGUCCAGUCCAGGCUUUAGGUCAUUAGUGUGAUAACGGGGCAGUACUGUCCUCUGUCUUGCAGUCACCUUCCUAAUUGAAAAUGUGCACAAGUGCCUUUCAGAUGGUAUCCAGGGAACCUGUUCUUCUAGCAAGUCCCUGAGAAGUCUGUAACCCCAACAACACACUGCUGAGACAUGGGCAGGCCACAGCUCUGCUCAGACACACUUGUCCCACCAACACUGGCAACUUUCUAGUUUGCUUCGAAGAAGUCCUUCCUUCCUGGGUUCCUGGCGAAUCCAUAGAAAUACGUUCUUUGUUCAUUGACAAGUUAAAAAAAAAUCUUAAAGCUUUUAUUUGGAGCCGGACGGUGGUGGCACACACCUGUAAUCCCAGCACUGGGAAGGCAGAGGCAGGCGGAUAUCUGAGUUCAAGGCCAGCCUGGUCUACAGAGUGAGUUCCAGUCUAGCCAAGGCUACACAGAUAAAUUCUGUCUCAAAAAGCCAAAAAUAAAGUGUAAAAAGCUGUUAUUCGGAGAUAUUAAAGUCUUAAUACUUGUGGAAAAUGUGAUUUACUGGCAUUUUCAAAAGCUAGCUAUCUUCUUCUUGGCUAGCAAGAUGGCGCAGUGGUUAAGUUCUUAGUACAUAAGCCGGAUGACGACUUCAGUUUAUCUCCAGAACCCACAUCAAGGUGGUAGCCCCUCCCCCACAUCUUAUAAAGCACAAUAAUAAAAUCUUUCUAAAACGCUGUGCUUUUCUGUCAUUUCAUUUCAUUGAGAAACCUGACAGCCUGGCUAGAGGGGAAGGUAGUUGAUGGAGUCAGGUUUUGUGCAGAUGCUGACCUGCCUCAGUAAACACCCACCCUGUUAUUCCACAGCAGACACUUCUCUCUGGUCCUUUCAGUACAGCCUGUGGUCUUAGAACCGAAGAGAACCUUUAGAAUAUGUGAGUUACUUGUAUGCUACUGUGACAGUGAAAAAAAACCUAUCACACUGCUAA